UCGUUAAAGUUCAUUUGUAUGCAAACGUUUAUGUAUGUGUGCAUAUUUUAGUAAGGGUUGAUUUUAUUUGUUUAGACAAGUCCAUAAUUUCUGUAAACGGAGUCUGUGACGUAUAACAAAUGCAAGUGAUAUAAAUUUAACUAAUAAUAAUAUUAAAAUCGUAUAUUCAAUUGUUUUGGCACCAAAUAUUUAAGUAUGCCUUCUGUCGAUACCCCAAAUGAAGGGCUCGCUCCCCAGGUGCCUAAGACGGAAUUGGAAGAAUUACAAAUAAAAGCGAAUAGUGUAGCAGAUGAUUCACUUGAAAGCACACGUAGGAUGCUUGCUCUCUGUGAAGAGAGCAAAGAGGCGGGCAUUCGUACUCUGGUAGCCUUGGACGAUCAGGGAGAGCAAUUGGACAGGAUUGAAGAAGGAAUGGAUCAAAUUAAUGCCGACAUGAGGGAAGCUGAAAAAAAUUUAAGUGGAAUGGAAAAAUGUUGCGGAAUUUGCGUGCUUCCUUGCAAUAAAAGCCAAUCCUUUAAAGAGGAUGAUGGAACUUGGAAAGGUAAUGACGACGGUAAGGUUGUAAAUAAUCAGCCACAGAGGGUUAUGGACGACAGAAAUGGUAUGAUGGCACAGGCAGGGUACAUAGGAAGGAUAACGAAUGAUGCUCGUGAGGAUGAAAUGGAGGAAAAUGUGGGUCAAGUAAACACGAUGAUUGGAAAUCUCCGAAACAUGGCGUUGGAUAUGGGAUCCGAAUUAGAGAACCAAAACAGACAAAUCGACCGAAUAAAUAGAAAGGGAGAAUCUAACGAAGCGAGAAUAGCAGUGGCGAAUCAACGUGCUCAUCAAUUACUUAAAUAAAUACUUUCCCAUCUCCUAUUUUUCUAUAUACAUAUAAUACAUAUCAUAAGUAUCAUUUGUAUGUGUAGCCAUUAUGUCGCUUUAAAAGUGUAAAAAAAAAUACCGUAGAAGGAUAUUAAUAUAUUAAAAAAUAUAUCCUUUGGUCAUCUGAAAAAUUUAAGUACUUUAAAUAUUAUAAAAGAAAACAUUUACUUAUACGCAUCAAUACAUAAGUGAUUUAACAAGUUUUUCGUG